CAUAGUCUGCUUUUUCUUCUUCUCUUCUUUUCACUUCUCUCUUCUUUCCUUCGCUUUGCUUAUUAUUUUCCAUUCACAGCACACAACAGAACACGCAGCAGCACCACCAAUGGCGGGUUACAGAGCGGACGACGACUACGACUAUCUCUUCAAGGUUGUCCUCAUCGGCGACUCCGGCGUCGGCAAGUCCAACCUCCUUUCUCGUUUCACCAAGAACGAGUUCAACUUGGAGUCCAAGUCCACCAUUGGGGUCGAGUUCGCCACUCGCACCUUGAACGUCGAUUCCAAAGUCAUCAAGGCCCAGAUCUGGGACACCGCAGGCCAAGAAAGGUAUCGUGCGAUCACCAGUGCAUACUACCGCGGCGCAGUGGGUGCACUUCUGGUGUACGAUGUGACUCGGCAUGCAACAUUCGAGAAUGUUGACAGAUGGCUGAAAGAGCUGCGAAACCACACAGAUGCUAACAUUGUGGUGAUGCUUGUUGGAAACAAAUCAGACCUUCGGCACCUGGUAGCAGUGACAACAGAAGAUGGGAAGUCGUAUGCUGAGAAAGAAUCACUUUACUUCAUGGAAACCUCAGCUCUGGAGGCCACCAAUGUAGAGAAUGCAUUUGCUGAAGUUCUGACACAAAUCUACCGCAUUGUUAGCAAGAAAGCAGUAGAAGGUGCUGAGAAUGGAACUGCAUCUGUGCCUGCAAAAGGGGAGAAAAUUGACCUCAAAAAUGAUGUCUCUGCUUUGAAGAGAGUUGGAUGCUGCUCAAGCUGAGGUUCUGAAGUUGGAAAACAUAGCUGUUCAAUUGGUUGGUAUCGGCUCUGUUGUACGUGUAAUAUUCUGAGAAAUACGAACUAGAAGAAAAGUCAAAUUUAAUGUCAUAGCUUGUUAGACUAUUUGUGUAACCUUAAAAAAACUAAGUUUGGUGUUUCAAUAGGAGCUGCUGGAGAAGAAAGUUGAUUGCUAGUCUUGUUGUAUUAGUGCUGUUAUUAUUAUUGUUUUUGAAAUGUUUUCACAUCAAAAAGAGGUUCAAGCUUGGAAUUAAUUGAAGCUAUUGUUUCAUUUAAA